AGAAAAAUAAAAAAGGAAAAAAAAAGUAAGGAAAAAUGAGAAUAUAGCUAUGGCAGCAGUAAGGCUAACCCUUUUCCCGGUUACAGCUACACCGCCGUCAUCUCUCUGCUCCUUCAAUCCUCUUUCUCGUUGUCCUCACUUGGCUUAUUUGUCGUCCUCUUCUUCUUAUUCUUCUUCUUCUCUAUCUGGUGUAUUCAGAGCAACGACUAGGAGACUUGUUUUUGCAACCAGAUCAAAGUCAGUGGCAACCAUGGCAGCUAGUCAAGAGUUCACGGGGAAUCUAAAACGGGAGGUCGAGAAGCUCUUUGAUGCGUCUCUCAGAUUAACGGUUCCUGAUGGAACUAGUGUGGAGACCGAGGUUGCUGCCUCUCUUCCUGGAAAACCUGGAGAUUACCAAUGUAACAAUGCAAUGGGUCUAUGGUCCGUAAUUAAAGGAAAGGGUACUCAGUUCAGGGGUCCUCCAGCUGUUGGUCAGGCUAUUUCAAAGAAUCUACCUGCUUCUGAGAUGGUGGAAACUUGUUCUGUAGCUGGCCCUGGAUUUGUUAAUCUUGUACUAUCAAGCAAGUGGAUGGCUAAGAGUAUUGAAAAAAUGCUUAUUGACGGAAUUGACACAUGGGCGCCUAGUCUUCCAGUUAAGAGAGCCGUGGUUGAUUUUUCCUCUCCCAACAUUGCUAAAGAAAUGCAUGUUGGUCAUCUGAGAUCAACCAUCAUCGGUGACACUCUAGCUCGCAUGCUCGAGUACUCAAAGGUUGAAGUUUUACGCAGAAACCAUGUUGGUGACUGGGGAACACAGUUUGGCAUGCUCAUUGAGUACCUCUUUGAGAAAUUUCCUGAUACCGAGAGUGUGACUGAGACAGCCAUUGGAGAUCUUCAGACGUUUUACAAAGAAUCAAAGACUAAAUUUGAUAGUGAUCCGGACUUCAAGGAAAAGGCACAAAAGGCUGUUGUCCGUCUACAGGGUGGAGAUCCUAUUUACCGCAAGGCUUGGGCUAAGAUUUGUGAAAUCAGCCGAACCGAGUUUGCCAAGGUUUAUCAGCGCCUUAAAGUUGAGCUUGAAGAAAAGGGUGAAAGCUUUUACAACCCCUUUAUCGCUAACGUAAUCGGGGAAUUGGAUAGCAAGGGGUUGAUUGAAGAAAGUGAGGGUGCUCGUGUGAUCUUCCUCGAAGGCUUCAACAUCCCACUCAUGGUUGUAAAGAGUGACGGUGGUUUUAACUAUGCCUCAACUGAUCUGACUGCUCUUUGGUAUCGGCUUAAUGAAGAGAAAGCUGAGUGGAUUGUAUAUGUCACCGAUGUAGGCCAGCAGCAGCACUUCAAUAUGUUCUUCAAAGCUGCCAGAAAAGCAGGGUGGCUUCCAGACAGUGAUAAAACUUACCCAAGAGUGGACCAUGUUGGUUUUGGUCUCGUCCUUGGGGAAGAUGGCAAGCGAUUUAGAACUCGAUCUUCAGAUGUAGUCCGCCUAGUUGAUUUGCUGGAUGAGGCCAAGACUCGCAGUAAAACUGCCCUUAUUGAGCGUGGUAAGGACAAAGAAUGGACUCCCGAGGAGCUAGACAAAACAGCUGAGGCAGUUGGAUAUGGUGCUGUGAAGUAUGCUGAUCUGAAGAACAACAGAUUGACAAAUUAUACUUUCAACUUCGAUCAAAUGCUUAGUGACAAGGGAAAUACAGCCGUUUACCUUCUUUACGCUCAUGCUCGGAUCUGUUCAAUCAUCAGAAAGUCUGGCAAAGACAUAGAUGAGCUGAAAAAGACAGAAAAGCUAGCAUUGGAUCAUCCUGAAGAACGAGCACUGGGGCUUCACUUGCUUCGAUUUGCUGAGACGGUUGAGGAAGCUUGCAGCAACUUGUUGCCGAACGUGUUGUGUCACUACCUCUACGACUUAUCUGAACGCUACACCUCCUUCUACUCCAUUCAUCAGGUCAUUGGUUCACCAGAGGAGGCAAGCCGUCUCCUACUUUGUGAAGCAACGGCUGUAGUGAUGAGGAAAUGCUUCCACCUUCUUGGAAUCACCCCUGUUUACAAGAUUUGAUGAUGCUAAUCACUAUCACAAUUAAACGACUUAAAAGACCUGAGUGCUAUCUGUUCUGGCAUUUUUUUUUUCUGUUCUAGUAGUGAGAAAGACGGUUCUUUAACUCUAAAUUAUCUUUUAUUUUCAUUUAUCUUGGGCGACCUUGUAUACAAAUGAUUACAAUGUUAAACUGAACCGGAAAGUUUAUUGUCAUGUCA